AAUGCGUAACAACGCAAAGCAUCCGCGGGAGCAAGAAAUGAAAUGCCUUUUUUUUAAAGAUAGGAGGUUACGGGAAUGACUGAGUGAGUGGGAGUUCAAACACGCUCCGACUACCAAAUUGCCGGGGUGUGUGUGUCUGUGUUGUUACUCAACAACUGGAAUCCCAGCAUCUGUUUUCCUGACGCAUGUCUUGUGUUGGGGAGGGGGGGAGAGAGAGCAGACAGCGGACAACCAGCAGGUAUCGACGUCAAACGGGAAUCCGCAGUCACAAUCAGGAGUCUUUGCACUGGAUCUGGGGGCUAUGAACAGAAACCGCAGCCGGGAGAAUCCAGCACUGCAGCGGGGAAGGGAAAGAAACAACUCGCCGAAGAACUGCAGGCGGAAGUUGUGUUUGUUCCUCGCAACCUCAUCUGCUGCUGCAGACUAGCCACUGUAGUACAGGAGCAUAAGAAAAAAAGGGGGGAGGGAAGACCAAAGAAAGUUGCACGAAAAUUAUUUUUACUGUGUAAAAACAUUUUUAACGAACUCCUGAAUUCGGCUCCAGCGUCUCGGUUUAGUUCAGUGUUGGGAUCGUCUUCGUGCUGCCGGUUGUUAGUCCACCGUCUUUCGGUUCGGAGAAACUGGGCCAACUAUGGUUCAUCUUGUAUCAUCAUCCCCUUUUCCGUAAGUUUAUAGUUUUCCCCCCCUUUUUUAUAUACAUUGGCCUGCUGCUUGUUCUCCCUUCGCUCGCAAAAACCUUAGUACUGAAACAGCAGUGAAUCUACCUCGGCAAGGUUCUCUCUUGUUCUACGUGUCUUUUUUCUCUCAAUUUGAAUCCGGCGUUUCUGUAACUAAAUGCUACUGGAUUUGAGAAAGUAGGUGCAGUUGUCGAUGCGGUGUAGUUUUAGGAAUCCGGAUGAUUUUUGUUUCGAGGUUUAAAUGUGUUAUUUUUUAACCGACGCUAGGCAGUAAACACUACCUUGACAGGCUUUUGCAAAACUGUGUUGGAUUUUUUGUUUCGUGGUUUCAUUUCGUUGGUCGGGGGUUUAGUUUACACGCUACUUAGCCGAAGCCAACGACAUUACUGCGGGAAUAUUUUGCGUUAAGACGAUUUUUUUCAUGGAAAUUGGAGACCUUCAAAAAUAAUAAAAACUUCUGACUCAAUGGGCAUCUCGUACACAACAGUUUUGCUCGCCGUGUAUGACUGAUAUUCAUGCCAUUUACAUGAUCACAGAUAAUUCUGGCUGAACUGAAGCUUGCAGUCGUAUGGCCACGAUGAUUCGCAGAGGGUUAACGUAGGGUGUGCUAACGCUGUCGGGUUUUUUUUCUUUUAUUUAUAUCGAAGCAAAUAAGCUGCAAGUGUACAAAUAAGACAAAAUUAGCUUAGCAUGGCAGACAGUGUGCGGGUCAAGCACGGUAACUGCGGCACCGACAGCCCGGGCGCCAGCCCUGUGGCCGGGAGGAAGAAAGCACAGAGCUCGCCGGGCUGCAGGACGAAGUACCAGGCUGGGGCUCCCGGACACAGUUUCAGGAAAGUGACACUGACGAAGCCGACCUUCUGCCACCACUGCAGCGACUUCAUCUGGGGAUUAGCCGGCUUCCUUUGCGAAGUGUGCAGUUUCAUGUCCCAUGAGAAAUGUCUUAAGCACAUGAAGACUGUGUGCUCCUGCAUGGCCCCAACUCUAGUACGGGUCCCGGUUGCCCACUGUUUUGGUCCUCCUGGCCACAAAAAGAAGUUUUGUGCGGUUUGCAGGAAACAGCUGGAGGGGAGCUCUGCUCUCCGCUGUGAAGUGUGUGAGCUCCAUGUCCAUGUGGACUGUGCCCAGUUCAGCUGCAGCGACUGUCGACUCUGCCAUCAAGAUGGGCACCAAGAUCAUGACGUUUACCACCACCACUGGAGAGAGGGAAACCUGUCGUCGGGGGCACGCUGCGAGGUCUGCCGGCGGACCUGCGGCUCCUCCGAGGUGCUGGCGGGGAUGAGGUGCGAGUGGUGCGGAAUCACGGCACAUGCUUCGUGUUAUGUAAUUAUAGCCCCCGAGUGUAAUUUUGGAAGGCUGAGAAACAUGAUUCUUCACCCCACCUGUGUACGGAUCUGCUCCAGAAACUUCAGCAAAAUGCACUGUUAUCGCAUCUCGGAGAGCUUCCAGACUGAGCUAGAUAACAGUGAUGACAUUGAUGUCCCCAACCCAGGAACUACAAAAGAAACUCAGGCCACAUCAUCUCCGGACUCAAGCAAACAAACUCUCAAGGUGUUUGAUGGUGAUGAUGCAGUAAAGCGCAACCAGUUUCGCCUUGUAUCCAUUCCCCGAAUAACGAAGAAUGAGGAAGUGGUUGAAGCAGCAUUACGAGCUUUCUACAUCCCUGAGGAACCCCAGGACUACGAACUCCAGAUUUACGGGCAGCAAGGGCUCGUGAGUGAAGAUAUCAUCAACCGCAACGGGGCCACCGACAACAAGGCCCUGUCCGUGUUCAAAGACUACAUGCCAGAGGCCUGGAUCCUGCGAGCCAAGCUGAAGGACAGCGAUGUGCUCAAGAUCUACGCAGGCUGGCUGAAACUUGGAGUGGCGUAUAUCUCCAUCUCCCUAAAAAAGACAAGCACAGUGGAUUCAGUUAUCAGAGACGUUCUUCAGCAGCUUGGAAAACAGGAAGAAGACCCUGAAGGUUUCAAUCUGGUAGAGGUCUACAUGGGCAGCAAGCAAGUUCAACGGCAAGUGCUGACGAAUCAGGAACUUCUGCUGGAGAAAAUUCAAGACAUUCGAAAGACCUCUCUGAGGCAGAUGAACCAGACCCGGUUCUACAUUGUGGAGAAGAAGAACACAGUGGUCCAGGUAUCCCUGCUGGUGGGCGGCCUACCGGCCCAGUUGAACAACAGCGAGUACACAAAACUGCUUCAGGAGCACCUUGCAAUCAAGAGUCAUCUGGUUUCUCUUGCUCACAUUUAUACAGGACAAGGAGCUGUGGCACUGGACAUAUCCUGUUUUUCGGAAGCUGAGAGGAUAUACAUGCUAGCCAAGGACACUACAAUCAACGGCAAGCAGCUGUAUUCGUUAGUCAUUCCUGAAAUUAUGCAUAAGAAACUGCCGCGGGAUUGCUGCCCCUUGCUUGUAUUUGUAAAUCCCAAAAGUGGCGGACUUAAAGGUCGCGACCUCCUCUACAGUUUCAGAAAACUACUUAACCCUCACCAAGUCUUUGAACUGACCAGUGGAGGACCUUUAGCCGGGCUGCACACCUUCCGGGAGGUGCCGUAUUUCCGAAUCCUGGUGUGUGGAGGGGACGGCACAGUGGGCUGGGUACUGGGUGUGCUGGAGGAAGUUCGGCACAAGCUGACGUGCUCAGAGCCGGCCAUUGGCAUAGUGCCCCUGGGUACAGGCAAUGACCUGGCCAGGGUUUUGCGCUGGGGGGCGGGGUACAGUGGGGAGGACCCUUACAACAUCCUUGUCGCUGUGGACGAGGCGGAUGAGGUGCAGAUGGACCGCUGGACCAUACUGCUGGAUGCCCAAGAGGUGGUGGAUGAUGGGAAAGAAAAUGGGAUCUUGGAGCCACCUAAGAUCGUUCAGAUGAGUAAUUACUGUGGACUGGGGAUUGAUGCCGAGCUGAGUCUGGAUUUCCACCAUGCCAGAGAGGAAGAACCAGGCAAAUUUAAUAGCAGGUUUCACAACAAAGGGGUGUAUGUGAAGGUGGGGCUGCAGAAGCUCAGUCAUAACCGGAAUCUGCACAAGGACCUCAAGCUGCAGGUGGACAAGCAGGAUGUGGAGCUCCCCAACAUUGAGGGCCUCAUCUUCCUCAACAUUCCCAGCUGGGGAUCUGGAGCAGACUUGUGGGGUUCGGACAGCGAUGGGAGGUUUGGGAAGCCUCGUAUCGAUGAUGGCAUGCUGGAAGUAGUGGGGGUCACUGGUGUGGUGCACAUGGGCCAGGUCCAGAGUGGACUGCGCUCCGGAAUCCGGAUCGCUCAGGGGAACUAUAUCCGAAUCACUGUGAUGAAGCCCAUUCCGGUGCAAGUGGACGGGGAGCCUUGGAUUCAGGCACCAGGACAGAUCAUUAUCUCUGCAGCUGGGCCUAAGGUUCACAUGCUGAGGAAGUCAAAGACAAAGCAGAAGAAACAAGCUGCAAAUUUGAAAGAGGCAAAAAUGGACAGCCUGUCAACCACAGAGGGGGGACACUGAGGUUCCCAAGAGACUCUCAGUAUGCUAAAACGAAACAAAAGUAGACUUUAACCACAAGCUGUGGACUACAGCUUAACACACAAGAAAUAUGUAAGCUAAAAUUAAGUUUGGGCUUCUGGAGGUUGGCACAGCUCUCAUCUCUAAAGUUUGCUAAUUCUUGUUAGCUUGGAAAAUAGUCAGAUUCUGGGGGAGUUCUUAGCUCUGGUGCAGCAUUUCUUUUCUGCCUUCUAAAUUACGCUCCAAUGUAAAUGUCCUUAAACUGGUGUUAGAUUUACAGAUAUUCAAAUUCACACAGGUUUUAGAUUUUCACAUACUUGAAGUUGAACACCCUUCAGAGUUGUCUGCAGCUGAAAGGUUACAUCAUAUGUAGUUGGUGUUUAUGUAGCUGUACCUCAUGCAGGCGAGUUAAUUAAAUUGUUGAGGAAAAACAGACUGAUUCAUAUUUACUGCUUUAUUAGCAAAUUUCAGGAUGGAUUGUGUAAGUGGGUGUGUUGUCUGCUAACAAAAUGAGGAGCAUUUUCUGAAGUUAAGUAGGAUCCAGAUAUUUUAUACAAUUGUAGUCGGAAGCAAAAUACUGAGGUGAGGUGGUCAUUCUUGAAUAUUACUGUACAUCAGCUGUAAGCUGUACCACACCUGAAAAAGCGGUGUCUUCGUGCUGUAGGAUAGCGUUGUUUACUUAACAGGAGGUUGAAUUGCAUUGUGGUCACUGCAGCACUGCAAAGUAAAAGUCUGAAAAGGUGAAAAGGUCUUUGUGCUGUACAGGAAGUUUAAAUGGUGUGUACAACUCACAUCAUUUUCUGUUUUAAAUGUAUGCAUGUACGUAUGCUCAUUAAGAAUGAUAGGAAUUAGAGGACUGCACAAACUGUAGUCAUCCAGACAGAGAGAAUGUCAGACGCGCAAUUUGUGAUCUCCACUCUUUCUGUUGGAUAAGUAAUGAUUUAAAAAUCUGUGUUCUCAUUUUCUGUGAUUAAACUGUUACAAAGCUUUCCAAUUUAAGACCCAAGUAAGAGCUACAAGGGAGUAUCUUAUACUUAUACUUAUAAAUAACAGCCAUUCCUCUGCCAGUCAUUUAUAAGUAGAUUUCGCACCCAAAUUAUCACUAUGUCUUCCCUCUCUACUCUCUACUGUAAAUAAGGGUCUACAGAACUAUUAUGUAGCAUGUCAUAUUAAAAAGUUCAUAUUUAAGCAAGCUAACUCACCUGCUUUAAUCCAGGUGGAAGAUAGUACAAAACACGUAGGAACUUUCACAAACCACUGCUUUAAUCUAAUGGUAUUCACACCAUGUGUUUUUUUGUUAAUGGUCUGUGGCACACUGAUUAACAAAAUAGUUUAGUGUCUGACGUGGGAUGCCCUGCAAUUGAUGUGAACCUAACUAUAUGAUAGCUAUCAAGAAAUAUAAUAGCAUACACAGGAUACUCAGGAUAUACAGUUUAUAUGUAAAACCAGUUAAUCUGCUGUUGAGGAAAGCCAGUAGUGAUAAAAAAAUAUAACUGGUGACACAGCCCUGUGCUUUGCUGUCACCUCCUCCCUGUGUUGUUUUGCAGCAAACUCUUGGCUCCAGUACAGACAUUCUUAUGGUUCAAGGAAACAUCUUUUGAAUGGUAGCUUAAUUUCCCAAAGCCUUAGGAACAGUUCUCAAGGAUUAUUUACUGUUCCUGUGAUUUUUCACACGGUACAGUGUUGGUUGAAGUAAAUGUACAAGUUAGCAGAGAUAAAUUUAAUCUGAGAACAAAACUAGAUUAAAAAUAUUAAGAAGUGUUUGUGCUUUUGCUGUGAUACAAAUACUGAAGAAUGCUACUACAGCUAAAUAUUGGCUAUAAUGUAUUGGAGAAUAUUUGUUUUGAACUAACUCCCAUGGAAAUGUUAAAUGUGGAAGUGUUAAAUGAGUGUGGAAGGGAUCAUUAAUAAUGCUUUGGUGCAUUUGUUGAGUUACAGACUAAUUCUGAAAAUCACAAACCUAAACAUAAAAUAGCUAAGAGUGAUAUAGUUUGUGAAAUAUUGGUGUAGAUUUUAUUCUUGUCCUCGCAUAGGAUUUGAGCUUCAUUAAAUAUAAAUACUUCAUUUAUUGGCAUAUAGUAGCAGUCACAUAUUCUCUAAACUAGCAUCCAAAAGGAGAAUAUUUGCAUAUUGUUCAUGAUGGCUGCAAAAAAGUAAAAACGUUUUUAAAAAAUCAUAAGUGCAUAUUAGGCAACUUUGCACUUCAGACUUCCAUUAAAAAAGGACAUUGACAAUAAUUUGUAAAACAGAUUCGCUGUUAUAUAUAUAUGUGUGUCUGUAACUGGCCAAUAGGAGCACCCUAAGUGGGGAAUGUGGAAUUGUGGGACAAGAUCCUUGUUCACAAAAGUGAAAACUUUGGCAAAUUAAAAUUAAAUGACUUAAAGGUUGGUGAUGUUAAAAUGAACAAAAACGAGGAACAGUAUUGACUCUUCCUGCACAUAGGUUCAGAUUUACAGAGGUUAGGUUUUUUAUUACCCUAAAAUAUUUCCCCAUAAAUAUGUAAACAGUGGAAAAUAACAAUUCUAAUACAAAAAGUACAUACACAAAGAUGUAUACAGUAUAUAUAUUAAAAAUUAUCCCACUUUCACGCCCUACCUCCUCUCCUGCAAAAAAAGAAACAACAGGGUUUAUAUAUAUAAAACAUAAUACAUCAGAAAAAUGUAAAUAUAUUUAUGCAGACAGGAUAUAUGUUUAUAUAUUAUCAGUUUUACAGGAGUUAAUGUUAAGAGGAAAAUGCAGUAGUGGAUUUCGUUGUACUUUAUUUACUAAGCACAUGUAUUUUCUUUACAAUUUAACUUGAAAUAAUAUAAGGCUGUUUCUUUUGAAGGCUUAACCUGGAAUUGCUGUGUUAGGACUAUUCUAGGCAGGAUUGAGAUGUUCAGAAGGGAGUACAAUUACAGUAGAUCUCAUCAUCUGCUGCCCCUGUUUCUCAAUGUCACCAUAAUUCUGCCCCUCGUUUCCUAUCAUUUGUAUACAUUUAUAGUAUGUAAUUGAAAGUAGCUUUGGUCCAAAGGUAAAAAGUUAUACAGUAUAGCCAUAAGAACGGGUUUAUUGAUUAAAUGUAAUUUCAACAGCCUUGUUUUAAGAUUAAUUCGUCAGGAUUAUUUUUUUUUUGGCCUUGCAUCCUAAUGGACUCCAAAACACGUCAGGCUUUCACAGUUGGUUAUUUUUAAAUGACAAUCAUUAGCACUCACUUGAAGGUAUGUUUGGCUUUGUGUAAUUAUAUCCAGGAACUCUUUCUGCACAAUUGUUUUCCUUUGGCAACAAUAUAAUAUCCUAAUAAAUGCAAUAUCUAAGCACUACAAAAAACAUUCACAUUUGUAAAAUUUCACAGUUUCCCCUUAAUAUGCUAAAUCUAGGCUUUGUCUUAUUUUGGAAAUUGAUUAGAACAUGGGUUAGUAACUUUUCCCCAAAAAACCUCCAAAUUCAGUGGCAAAAAAAGCCUAUUAACAAAUAUAAAUAUAAUUGAUUGAAAUUACUGUAAUUAUUAAUAGGAUUGGCACUUGCAAACACAACUACCACUGUAUCUUUUCACAUUUAUUUGAAUUUUUCAUUGCAACUGGAAAACACCUGCUUCAUGCACGCAUUCAAUCUUCUGUCAGUCUUGAGCAUAAAUGACCUUUUUUGUGACUCAAAUAUAAGAAAGCCAGCUCAAGCUUUAUAGUGGAAACAAACAUUAACCAAAACUGAUACUCAGCUUCGUUUUGUAUUUGAUGGUGGGAAAGUUCAUUAUGAGUUUCAGAUUAGCAUUGCACUUUCAUUUCACAUCCGCCAGUGGUGCAGUUUCGCCAGUUCUGUACAUUAAGCAAAGUAUUGUGCAUCAGAAUUCAGCCAGAUAAUUUCCCCCCACUCUCACAGCUGUUGAAAUCAGCUACAGCAUUUUCCAAAUCUCUUACUGGAAUGUCCUGAAAUUAAACAGAGCACCGUGCUUACGAGUCAACCAGAUGAACAUUUGAAUGCCAUCACUAGCUCAGACACAAAAAAGGCAAGCUCCUGCAAGGCAAGGCUUUUAUUUGGAUUCUCAGUCUGCUAGAAAUAAAAAAAAAAACAUCUGUCGUCUUUUCAAAUGUGCCAGUCUGCCCCCUCAAUAUUGUUGAUUAACUUAAUUUUUGACUCGCUUCCAAACUGCUACAGAAUCAGGACUUAUAGCUUAGGAUUCAGUACAAUAAUGAAGUUACCCUGCAUGUAAUUUCUGCUGUAAAAUAUCAUUUAUUUCCCAUUUUAGUGCCUUGUUUUCUUUAAGUGGACAAAAGUGUAGGGUUCUCUUUUUCCAUUUUUCAAGAAUGGUAUGUGAUUACAAUUGUGCAUUUUAGUGCAGUUACGCAGGUGGCCCUUCUGACAUCUUAAGACUUACUACAAUCCAAGUGAUUCCAGCAGUGUGUGACUUGGAUUCGUGUUACACAGCAGCUAUCUCUUUCACAUACACUCUGUUCUCAUUGGGAUUGAAUAUGCAGCAGAUCACUGUACAUUAAAAAAUCAGUUCUGAAUGUUUUAUCAAGUUUGUGACUCUGUCGCAGAGAAAUUGUAUUAGAUGCUGUGUUGCCUUUGGUAGUGAAGUCUUUUCAAUGUGCCACACAUUAGUCUUUACCCAUCUACCUCUGGAAGCCGAUUACAUUAGUAAAGUUGGUGCAUCCCAAAGACUUUUGUUGUAUUUCAGAUCACACUAAGUAUGUCUCCUUAAAAAAAAAACACUUGAAAAAUAAAAUAAAACCUAAAUUACAACUUAAUUUUGUAUACUAGCAGAAUAUGAAAUGACUGAACCCUUUUUAUGUGCAAUCUCAUCAUUUCCCCAUUUCAGUAAAAAGAUUUGAGUUUCAUGUGACCUCAUUAAUCCUCCUAAUGGAGGCUUAUGACAUUGCUGUACUGCAAAAGAAUGUACUGUAGUUCAGGUCUUAAUGGUUUUCACCUGGCUACAGUCCAAUCGAGAUUGUUUAGGUGUGGUUCAUGCUGUUGGUCCACCUCAAAUGAGUCAUAGUCCAUGCUUUAGACAGCUUUUUCAAGAACUGCAGUUCUUAGCAAAGACACUUCAAUAUCUGUCCCAGCGAAAUGUUGAACACAAAGAUUUGACAAUUAAACUUUAAGACAAAUGUGUAGGAAGGUUAGUAAAAUGGGACAAAAUUGGCUCAAAGUGUCUGUUGAUGUGCCAAAGAACUGGGGAAAGAAAAACCUAGAGAACAGUUUUUGUGUUGAAGAAAUUCAGUAUUAAAUCAUUAGGACCUUGACGGAGCAGCGUGAUGUACUUCCUGAUGAGAUGUUUUAAGCAGACACAGGGGCUCUUACCUUGGGUCAUCACUGAACUUGACACAGAAAGUGCAAUUGCUUCCUUCUGUUCAGCCUCAGAGACUAAAGUACUUUUAUGCCUUUAUUUGACCAUUUAUUCACUAUUUUCUGGAUUGUACCGCUGUGGAGGUUAGGAGUAGACCUCGUAUGGUACUGUUUUUUUCCUGUUAACUGUUACUCAAUGUUAUGUGCAGUUGUUGUGCUUCAUAUCUAUGACAGUGAAAGGGUUUUGCUAACUGGAGUAUGUCUCAGCUUCAGAUGUGCAUUUUUGUGACGUCAGUGGGCUUAAAUUCCACUCAGUGCCUCAUAAGUGCAUAAAAUGUAGUAAAAUAUUUGUACCAUAUAUCUGUGUAUAAGUGUUCCUUUCCAACGUGGUCCUGCUGUUGUAAUUAAUAUAAGGUCCAAGGUUUUUGAUUGCAGUGAGGUGUCCUGCUUUUAUUGCUUCUGUAAGAGUGACUUGUUUUCCUAUGGUCAGUAAUCCAUGUUUAAUUCCACAAUUUACUGACCCAUUAUGGAAGUUCAUUGCCGGAACAAAAUUUGUAUAUUUUGGGAAAAGAUUAUAGGGUUUAAUUGCUUUUUUUUUUCAUUUGAACUGUACAAAUAUUGCACUGACUGUAACAUUGUUUUCUGAUUGCAUUUAAGUGUAAAUUUGAUGUGUAACAUGAAUGUUAAAGUAUAUAUAUAUAAAACAAUAGAGCUACAUGUCCAACAUCAAAACAAAAUAUAUAAGUGGGACGUUUA